UCCACGAGGGCAAUUCACGGGUAGUUCAUUUUAAAUCAAUGACUUAAUUUAGUAGCUAAAAAUAGAUAUUUUUUUAUUCAUCCUGCAAACCCGUGCGAAUUUACUUCAAACAAUAACUUCGGCUAAUAUGACAAACAUCCUCUCGGUUUACGGAGUUGUUAAAUCUCUGAGGCAAGGAUGCAUGGUUGGCAGAAAAGUGGGGAACAUUGGCUGGAUGAGACUUCAAACUGCCAAAUAUUUCAGCGUGAAGGCUCAGACAGCCCACCUGGUGUUGGGGGAUGGUACCAGGAUGAAAGGGUUUUCCUUUGGGCACGAUGUCUCUUCAGCCGGGGAGCUUGUCUUCAACACUGGCCUGGUGGGGUAUCCUGAGGCCCUGACGGACCCCAGCUACCGAGGUCAGAUCCUCACCCUGACCUACCCGAUUGUUGGGAACUACGGUGUACCCAACACCCAGGAGCUGGAUGAACUGGGGCUAAGAAAACAUAUAGAGUCUGACCGCAUCCAGGUUUCUGGUCUUCUAGUUCAAGACUACAGCCACGAGUACAGCCACUGGAACUCUGUCAAGUCUUUGAGUCAAUGGCUACAAGAGGAGAAGGUUCCCGCACUGUUUGGGAUUGACACUAGAAUGCUGACCAAGAUCAUCAGGGACAAGGGUACGAUUUUGGGAAAGAUUGAAUUUGAUGGUCAGCAUAUAGAGAUAUGUGACCCCAACCAGAAAAACCUUGUAGCAGAGGUUUCAACCAAGGAAAUCAGAGUUUUUGGAAAAGGCAACCCAUUCAAAGUGGUGGCUGUUGACUGCGGGAUUAAACAUAAUAUCAUUCGGCUCCUGGUCAAGCGCGGUGCGGAGGUCCACCUAGUGCCGUGGGACCAGGAUCUGCUGAGUUUAGAGUACGACGGCCUGUUCUUAUCAAAUGGACCUGGAGAUCCAUCGCUGGCUGAGACACUCGUCCACAACGUGCGCAAGGUGCUGGAGAGCGACUGUCCACAGCCGGUGUUUGGGAUCUGCAUGGGCAACCAGAUCACCGCUCUGGCUGCAGGAGCAACGUCCUACAAGCUGCCUAUGGGCAACAGGGGCCAGAACCAACCUGUGCUGAAUGUGAUGACAGGCGAGGCCUUCAUCACGGCCCAGAACCACGGUUACGGCAUUGACAGCGAGUCGCUGCCCCCAGGCUGGAGUCCACUCUUCGUCAACGCCAAUGACGGCACAAAUGAGGGCAUCAUGCACAACAGUAAGCCUGUUUUCACGGCCCAGUUCCAUCCAGAGGCUAAAGGCGGUCCCACCGACACAGAGUUUCUCUUUGAUACAUUCAUAUCCCUGAUCAAGAAAGGGAAGGAAGCCAGCAUCGUGUCGGUCAUGCCCACAAAGCCCAGCAUCCCUCCCAGAGCCAAGGUGUCAAAGGUGCUGGUACUCGGGUCUGGAGGUCUGUCCAUCGGUCAGGCUGGAGAGUUUGACUACUCUGGAUCUCAGGCCAUCAAGGCCAUGAAGGAGGAGAACCUGAAGACCGUGCUCAUGAACCCAAACAUCGCUUCGGUUCAGACCAAUGAAGUGGGCUCCAAGCAGGCAGACCAGGUCUACUUUCUGCCCGUAACUCCGCAGUUUGUCACUGAAGUCAUCAAAGUGGAGCGCCCGGACGGCAUCCUCCUCUCCAUGGGUGGACAGACAGCCCUCAACUGUGGAGUCGAAUUAUUCCACAGUGGGGUCUUGGAGCAGUACGGGGUAAAAGUCCUGGGAACGCCGGUGGAGUCCAUCAUGGCCACAGAGGACAGGCAGCUCUUUGCUGACAAACUGAUGGAGAUCAAUGAGAAGAUUGCACCCAGUUUCGCUGUGGAGUCGGUGUCUGAUGCGCUGCAAGCUGCAGAGCGGAUAGGCUACCCGGUGAUGCUGCGGUCUGCUUACGCCCUUGGAGGUCUGGGAUCUGGUCUGUGUGCGGACAAAGACAGGCUGGAGGAAACUGCCCAGAAGGCUCUGGCCAUGAGCAGUCAGAUCCUGGUGGAAAAGUCUUUACUGGGCUGGAAGGAGGUGGAGUAUGAGGUUGUGCGGGACGUGGCUGAUAACUGUGUUACCGUCUGCAACAUGGAGAACUUUGACCCGCUGGGCAUUCACACAGGUGACUCUAUCGUAGUAGCACCGAGUCAGACGCUGUCCAACGAGGAGUACCACAUGCUGCGCGAGACUGCUAUCAAGGUGGUGCGUCACCUCGGGAUCGUGGGCGAAUGCAACAUUCAGUACGCCCUGCACCCAUCCUCCCUGGAGUACUGCAUCAUUGAGGUCAAUGCCAGGCUUUCAAGGAGCUCAGCUCUGGCGUCUAAAGCGACCGGGUACCCCUUGGCGUUUGUAGCUGCUAAGCUGGCUCUGGGAAUACCUCUGCCGGACAUCAAGAACGCGGUCUCGGAGAAGACCACUGCCUGCUUUGAGCCCAGUUUAGACUACAUCGUCACCAAGAUUCCCCGCUGGGAUCUGGACCGCUUCCAGGGCAUGUCCCGAGAAAUAGGCAGCGCCAUGAAGAGCGUCGGAGAGGUCAUGGCAGUGGGUCGGACGUUUGAAGAGAGUGUGCAGAAGGCCUUGAGGAUGUGUCAUCCAUCUGUGGAUGGCUUUGUUCCCCGGCUGCCGCUCAAGAAAGCCUGGGCUGACACCCAGGACCUGAAGCAGGAGCUGGCUGUGCCUUCCAGCACACGCAUGUUCUCCCUCGCCAAGGCCCUCCAUAAUGGCACAAGUGUUGACCAGAUCCACAAGCUGACACACAUAGACAAGUGGUUCCUCCACAAACUCCGCAGGAUUACGCUGCUGGAGCAACACCUGGGGAACUUCAACAGUGGCACCGUACCCAGGGAGCUGCUGCUGAAGGCCAAGCAGGACGGCUUCUCGGACCAGCAGGUGGGCCAGAUUCUGGGCUGCAGUGAAGGAGGAGCCAGAGAGCUGCGGCACGGCCACCGUAUCAAACCCUGGGUCAAACAGAUCGACACCUUAGCAGCAGAGUACCCAGCAAUGACCAACUACCUGUAUUGUACUUAUCACGGUGAGGAGCACGACCUGGACUUUACAGACCAGGGAAUUAUGGUUCUUGGUUGUGGACCGUACCACAUCGGCAGCAGCGUUGAGUUCGACUGGUGUGCCGUGUCCAGCAUCAGAGCCCUGAGACAAAUGGGCAAGAGGACAGUGGUGGUCAACCACAAUCCUGAGACCGUCAGCACUGACUUUGAUGAAUGCGACCGCCUUUACUUUGAAGAGCUGACUCUGGAGCGAAUCCUCGAUAUCAGCCAACAGGAGGGCUGCUCUGGUAGCAUUGUGUCGGUCGGAGGUCAGAUUCCCAACAACUUGGCCGUCCCGCUGCACACGAAUGGGGUGAAGAUUUUGGGGACGAGCCCCCUGCAGAUCGACCGGGCCGAGGAGCGCUCCGUCUUCUCCAGCAUCCUAGACGGCCUGGAGGUGGCCCAAGCCCCGUGGAGAGCGCUGAGCUCCCUGGAAGACGCCUUCACCUUUGCCAACCAGGUGGGAUAUCCCUGUCUUCUGCGGCCCUCCUACGUACUCAGUGGCUCUGCAAUGAACGUCGUGUACGGAGACGAGGAGAUGAAGCGCUUCUUGGAAGAGGCUACGCAGGUAUCCCAGGAGCAUCCAGUGGUCAUCAGCAAGUUCAUACGUGGAGCCAGAGAGAUAGAGGUGGAUGCUGUGGCUAAGAGUGGCAAGGUUCUCGUUCAUGCCAUAACGGAGCAUGUUGAAGAUGCUGGCGUUCACUCAGGCGAUGCCACCCUAAUGCUCCCGACCCAAACCAUUAGCCAAGGAGCUCUGGAGAAGGUUAAAAUUGCCACCCGAAAAAUUGCACAAGCAUUUGAAAUUUCAGGCCCCUUUAACACUCAGUUUCUGGUUAAAGGCAAUGAUGUCAUGGUGAUCGAGUGUAAUCUGCGGGCGUCGAGAUCCUUCCCUUUUGUGUCAAAAACAAUUGGUGUGGACUUCAUCAAUGUGGCAACCAAAGUGAUGGUGGGGGAACCUCUGGAUGAAUCCAGCCUGCCCUCGCUGGAGAAACCAAUCAUUCCUGUAGACUACGUAGGAAUCAAGGCGCCGAUGUUCUCCUGGCCGCGGCUGAGGGAUGCAGACCCCGUGCUACGCUGCGAGAUGGCUUCCACAGGAGAAGUCGCGUGUUUUGGACCAAACAUUUAUUCCGCCUUCCUGAAAGCUAUUCUCUCCACCGGCUUUAAGAUGCCGCAGAAGGGCAUCCUAAUUGGGAUUCAGCAUUCUUUUAGACCACAUUUUCUAGCUACAGCACACCAGCUGAAAGAGGAAGGCUUCAAGCUCUACGCCACUGAAGCCACCUCUGCCUGGUUGAGUGCCAAUGACGUACCUGCCAUUCCAGUAGCCUGGCCCGCUGAAAAAGACGGAGAAAGCGCGUUGCCCAGUAUAAAGAGAUUGAUUAGGGAGGGACAAAUCGACCUGGUGGUCAACUUGCCCAAUAACAACACACGCCACAUCAGGGAUAACUUCCUCAUCCGCAGAAUGGCCGUCGACCACGGCGUUCCACUCAUCACCAAUUACCAGGUGGUGAAGUUGUUCGCUGAAGCUAUCCUUUACGCAGGUGAACUUGACACGACCAGCCUGUUCCACUACCGGCAGAAAGAAAAAGAAAGAUUGAGUCAGCAGAGCUAGAUCCCACUCGCCCCCUUGGUUAAUGUUGUAAAACAAACUCACCAUGGCCUAAAAGACCAUUUUUUUAUCAAGAAAAAUUGGUACCAGAAUCCGAUGAUGUCACAGAAAGAAAAGAUAAACACCUGUAACUUAUAAUUUAGCUCUGCUUCAUGAUCAACUCCCCAUAUUUUACGGGAUAUUUGUCAUCAUUGAACCACUUUUGUAGGCAUCCUCCAACCGCACGCAUGUAUUCAUCCUAUGAGGCAAAGCCUCUUGCAUUAAUUAAAGUCAGUCAACUGUUAACGUUGAGUUAUAUGAAAACAGAUUUUACACCAGAUUUGAAUCAAGUUUAAAAAAAGAUCAAAAGGUCCUUUUUAAGGAAAAUUCAUAAACUUAAAAAGUUAAUCAAAGUGAUUCUUCUCUACAUGGCAGUCUAAAGAAAAGAAAUAAUGAGUUUCUGGUAAAUAAAUAUUUAUGUCACAGCAUAUAACCAAGUAAUUAAAGGCUGACUUAUUCUAAGAUAUUUUAGAGAGAAAGUCUUGCAGAAGAUAUAAUAAAAUACUAAGUUUGAAUAUUAAUUUCUACUGUUUGCCCAAAUAACUUUUUGCUCAUUUAAUUUUUUUUUUAAUAAGUGUUACAAAUUCCCUACAAGUAAAUAUGUAUUUUUAGCGUAACAUAUAUGAUGAGAUGAGACAUUUCAAGGAAAGGCCUGGAACACUGAUGUAGAGGUUUGGUCGAUGAAGGCUGCUGCGUUCAUAUUUUUGGAGUCUUCUCUGUUUACAGUAAGUCUCAAACUGAACGCCUCUGCAUUUUAAUGAUCACAGUGCAAUUUUGACUUUUUUCUUUUUUUUUUUUUUUUUACUAGACACUGUAAAGGAAUAUUAAUACCUUACAGGUUCACAUUUUGUUGCUUCUUUUCAUAUUUGUGUUACAAGAAUCUGUUGAACCACAGCAGAAUCGUCUCUCACAUGCUCCGUGUAUUCAUUUUUGAGUCUGUUCAUUGUACAGUGGAUGUGCAUUAAAUUCAGGUUAC